UGCCACGAUAGUAAGGAGGAUAAUGAGGCUUAGCAUAGCUCGUGCAUAUCUUGUAGCUCCUCAUCGCGCCAAGUCGAUUCGACCCAUUUGCUCUUCUUCUCUAAACCCUCAAAUUCCACUAUUUCUAAGGCCACCAAAUUACUCCGUCACACUCAAAGAUUUCCACAAAUGGCACAAUUGGGCCAAAAUCCUCAAUUGUUCAGUUGGAUCAUCCUUCGUUGACACAGACAAUGGUCCAGAUUCCACCCUCUUACACAGGGAGCUCAAAUGGCUGGUACAAGAUGCAGUUGAAGAUAAAUCUCUAAGUUCUGAACUGGAAAAUGAAAUCGAGCAAAAUCCUGAACUGGGUCUUAGAAAUGUAAGGUUGAAGGUGGGAAUCGAGGAGCUGUAUAGGCUUUGGAAGCAGAGAAUCCAUGAAAGGAGACCAUUCCAAUACAUUGUUGGGUGCGAGCACUGGAGGGAUUUGAUUUUGAGUGUGGAAGAAGGAGUUCUGAUUCCGAGGCCUGAGACAGAGGUUUUGGUGGAUUUGGUGGAGAAAGUGGUUUCUGAUAACGAAGCACUUAGAGAAGGAUUAUGGGUUGAUUUGGGUACUGGAAGUGGUGCAAUUGCUAUUGGGAUUUGUAGGAUUUUGGAGGGUCGUGGUAGAGUUAUAGCUACUGAUUUAAGCUCCAUUGCACUUGCUGUUGCUGGCUAUAAUGUUCAGAGGUAUGGAUUACAGGACUUGAUCGAGUUAAGGCAAGGAUCAUGGUACGAGCCAUUACAGGACGUCCAAGGAAAGCUAUCUGGGAUUAUUAGUAAUCCUCCAUACAUUCCCAGUGAUAAUAUUUUUGGUUUACAAGCUGAGGUUGGUAAACAUGAACCUAGAGUUGCAUUGGAUGGAGGUACUAAUGGCAUGGAUGAGCUUAUACAUCUAUGUGAUGAAGCUACUGUAAUGUUGAAACUCGGUGGUUUCUUGGCUUUUGAGACAAACGGUGAAGAUCAGUGCAAGCAUCUAGUGAACUACAUGGAAAAUAAUCACAAAGGGAAGUUUUGUAAUCUGAAAAUAGUUUCUGAUUUUGCAAGCAUUCCAAGAUUUAUUACUGGAUUCCUCAAUGGGGCCAUAUAGAUUUAUUACUGAAAGUAAGCAGGAAAAUCUCAAUCGAGCUCCCUCUCCAGAUGUAAACAAGAAAUGGGUUCAAAUCAAAUACAGCCCUCUUGAUAGAACUGGGUUUAGUCUAUAUUUCUUAAUUUCUAAAUCAUAUGAUAAGCAUGGUGGUUUGAGAAUUGAAGUUAUCGUAGGUA